UUUUGUUGAAGUAGGAUAAAUCUUGCACUUGCACAAGGUUUGAGUCCCUUAAUCUCAGCCCAAUAUACAUAAGCUUAAAAGCUAUUAGUUCCCAUUCCAACCCUUUUUUGUGUGUACAAGUUCUCUCUCCCUCCCUCCCUCCUUCUUAGCAGCAGAUUCUCUAAACCACUAGUUCUCUGAUAGCAUUAUCUAAAAGAUGAAACGCAUGGACAUCUUUUGUGCUUCCCAAGCCUCAACAGCCAUAUGCCUCAGCAUGGAUCAAGCCUCAUGCUCCUCUUCCAACACCAUUCUACUUGGAGGCAGAACCAUUGACCGCCACAACCCCAUUAUCAAUGACUCAACAAGAAGAAGCACUUCUUCCAAAUCUCUCACUACCCCAUGUUCCUCUUCUCAGUCCCCCAUCAACCCCAAGCCUUACCAUGAGCUCCACAAGGCCAAGAAAAACUCUUCUUCCAAGAGUGCAACAAAGGGUCAUGAUCACAAGAAGAAAAGUACUUCAGAAAAGCUCACUGAACAUGUCACCAACGCUUCUAAACCAAAUGAUGCCAUUGUGCGUAGGAGUUGGCUUAUGCCACCUUCUGAUUCAAUCACUCCUCUUGGCUCAACUAGAUCUUUGCUCAGUGACACGGCCAUAGUGGAUGGCUCAUCAGAUUAUGUUCCAAAUUUGGCACUAACUACGGUUAACAACAAAACUUCUCAAGUUGUUCAUCAAGAUGAAGCCAUUUCAGUUCCUAAACUUCCUAGCUCUUCUUAUCCAAAAUCUGGUUCCUCAGACCAGGUUGUUGUAUUGAGGGUAUCUUUGCAUUGCAAAGGCUGUGAAGGGAAGGUGAGGAAACACCUCUCCAGAAUGCAAGGAGUUACUUCAUUCAACAUAGAUUUUGCAGCAAAGAAGGUGACAGUAAUUGGGGAUGUAACUCCUUUGAGUGUCUUGGCUAGCAUAUCAAAGGUGAAAAAUGCACAAUUAUGGCCAGCAUCUGCCUCAGCAGUAGGAUCUGGCACGGUUGAAACAAAGAAAGAAGUUUUAUCUAAUUAAGAGGAAAGUAGAAUAUUGGUAUUGAUGUAUGCUUAAAUGUGAAUGACAUGGUAAGUUAAUUAUUGUAAAUGCAAAUUUUAAAAGCAGAAAAAAAGAAGGUAGAAUUUUAGAGAAAGAUUAUGAAAUUUGCAUUUUUUAAGUAUGAAUUUAACACUUUUAAAUUUUCAAUUUGUGAAUUGAUUAUAAUAUAUAAAAUUUGAUGUGUGAAUUGUGAAGUUUACAUUUUA